ACGACAACUACCUUAACCACACUAAUCCACAUUUUUAAGAUGUUUACACCGCAAUCCACCUUGUGGUUUACUCCAUUUACAAAAUAUUUAUUUGAGCUGACAGGCAGAUCUUUACAUUCCUUAAAAACAAAAAUGCUUUCAAGUAUACCAAAUGUUCAGUUCAGUUCUGAAACUGAUAAAAAGAAAUUAGAUGUGAUAAAUAAUAGAAUUGUUUGGAUUGAUAUGGAAAUGACUGGAUUGGAUAUUGAAAGUGAUAAAAUUAUGGAAGUAGCAUGUUUAAUUACAGACUCCGAGUUAAAUAUCAUAGCAGAAGGUCCUGAAUUAAUUAUUCACCAACCUAAACAAAUUUUGGAUAACAUGAAUGAAUGGUGUGUAAAUCAGCAUGGAAAAACUGACCUUACUGAAGCCUCCUUAAAAUCAAAGAUUUCAGUUCAGAUGGCAGAAUCAAGCAUGCUGGAAUUUGUAAAAAAACAUGUGGCUGAAAGAAGUAGCCCUCUAGCUGGAAAUAGUGUUUACAUGGAUAGAAUGUUUUUAAAAAAAUUUAUGCCAACCCUAAAUGAAUAUUUACAUUAUAGAAUAAUAGAUGUUUCCACUUUAAAAGAAAUUUGCAGAAGGUGGAAUCCAGAUCUGUAUAAAACCGUACCCAAAAAGGAAUAUCAACACAGGGCAGUCAAUGAUAUCAAAGAAAGUGUGGAUGAAUUGAAAUUUUAUAAAGAUAAUUUUUUAAAAGUACAACUGUGAAUUUAUAUUUAUAAUUCUUUAUUAGGCAAUA